UGUGUGUGUGUGUGUGUAUGCACACAUGCAUGCGUGUGGAUGUGUAAGUGUGUGAAGGAGAGAGAAAGAGACAGUAACAGACAGAGCGAAAGACAGAGCAGCACCUCAGCAUGCCGUCUGGAUUGCCGCACACUUGACUCCCCCGGUCUCCAUGCCCCAGUGGUGGUGGCUCCCCCCCCCCGCUCUGCCUGAAGACAACGCACCCCAGCUGGGGUGAGCCCACAGGGAGCCCCCCCUGGACCCCACCUGGCCUCCAUGAGUUUAUCUGAGGACACCCUGCCUCUCCCUGAAAGAUGGGAAAUGUUUCCGAAGCAGACCUCUUUGUUUCCAGCCUCUCGAAGGAGCACGACUAUUUCAUGGCCGCCGUGUACACCAUUUUUUGUGUACUGUCCCUGUUCGGCAACUGUGUCUUGCUCCUCGUAGCCUAUCGGAAAAGGUCAUCGCUGAAGCCGGCUGAGUUCUUCAUCGUCAAUCUGUCAGUCAGCGACCUUGGGAUGACCUUGAGCCUCUUUCCUCUCGCCAUCCCCUCUAGCAUUUCUCACAGGUGGCUGUUUGGGCAGGUGGUCUGCCAGGGCUACGCCGUGUGUGGGGUUCUUUUCGGCCUCUGCAGCCUGACCAACCUCACGGCCCUCUCAUCCGUCUGCUGCCUCAAGGUCUGCUUCCCACACUACGGAAACAAAUUCUCCUCCACCCAUGCUCUGCUCCUUGUGGCUGGGGUGUGGGGUUACGCUUCCAUCUUCGCCAUCGGGCCUCUGGCCCGCUGGGGCCAGUACAGCGCCGAGCCAUACGGCACAGCCUGCUGCAUCGACUGGUACGCGCCCGCCCAUGACGCCCUGGCCAUGUCCUACAUCAUCUGCCUCUUCCUCUUCUGCUACGUGGUGCCCUGUACCAUCAUCUUCCUCUCCUACACCUUCAUCCUGCUGACGGUGCGAGGCUCACGCCAGGCCGUGCAGCAACAUGUCUCGCCCCAGACCAAGACCACCAACGCACAGUCUCUAAUCGUCAAGCUGUCUGUGGCGGUGUGCAUUGGUUUUCUGACCGCCUGGAGUCCUUACGCAGUUGUGGCCAUGUGGGCGACCUUCGUGAACAGUGACGUGAUCCCGCCCUUCGCCUUCGCCAUGGCGGCCGUCUUUGCCAAGUCCUCCACCAUCUACAACCCUGUGGUCUACCUGCUCUUCAAGCCCAACUUCCGCAAGUCGCUGAGCCGCGACACGGCGCAGAUCAGGCACAAGCUCUGCUCCAGCACGGGCAAAAGCAGCCCCCACGUGGGCCUUAAGGACCCCGACAAGCCUGCCUUGCAGCGCAACAACAAGGACAUGAGCAACUCCACGCGGCUGUCCAACGGUCUGCCCGAGAGCCACGUUGCGUGUCUGCACUGCGCAGGGACGGGUAACAGUGCCGGUGGGGGCGCGGGCGUGAAUACACGCUGUCAUCUGACCGCGCCUCAGCGGACAGCGCGUGUGCUAACAGACUUCGGCCACAGUGAGGUCAUGGUCUGUCAGCUCCCUGACAAAACGCAUGACCACUUCCUCUAGGGGUGCCUGCUACGCUCUUCUUGGCCAGUGGGAAACUGUGAAGUGCUACAGAGGAAGAGAGACAAAAGUUGGAUGGACUAAUAAUGCCAGAAAAUAAAUAAAUAAAUUAAAAAGCCUUCAAAUGUGACAAAGCUGGGUGUCCAAGGCAAGAGUUGCACAAUCUACCUGGAGCUCCACUGUCCCGGACACCUAAGUUGCACCUGAGUUUCGAUGCACCUUGUUCAGCUAAUCAGGCUCUUCAGGGACAUGUGAGUAUUAGAGUCAGGUAUGCUGAAGUCAAGCUGCAGCUCAACUCUGGGGGCUGCUAAAUCCUCAUGAGGAGGCCUGAUCUGAGGCAAUGUCUGCAGAGCCAAAGUCAAAGAGAGAGAGAUUACUACGCAGAGAGGAUCUUUAACAUGGGACUCUGCGCAACAGAGGAGGGGACUGAGAGAGGGAGAGAGGGAAAGAGACAGAAGAGAGAGGGAGAGAGAGAGAGGGAGAUGAGACAGAGGGGAAGGAAGGCAGGAGGUAAAGAAACUCUGCGUAAUGGAAAGUGGAGAGAGAGAGACAGAAGAGAGAGAGAGAAGAGAGAGAGAAGAGAGAGAGGGAGAGAGAGAAACAGAAAUGUGAUGUUGAGAAGGAAAGAGAGGGAGGAGACAACACCAAAAAGGCAAAAUAAGAGCCCGAACAGGAGAACAGAGGGACAGAGAGAAAGAGAGAGAGAGAGAAAAGAGCCAAUUAUCAUGAAAAACAGGCAGAGUCAGCUGUCCAUGAGGGGGGGGGACGACACAACUGCUCUGUCCGAUUUAAAAAAAAAGAACAGAAAAGAAAGGAAAAAAUGUCUAAAAAUAACGCCACUGUCACCUCUGUCUAUGUGCUCCAGCCAGAGAAGGAGUUAGUAAACCUCACUGUCCUCCCUGUCCUCGUCAGUGUCUGUACCCCUGUCCCUGUCCUUUGUCCCAAAGACAAUGACCCCAAUGACCUUGAGACUGCCCAGCAAUAGCACUCAACAAAAGCAGAGCUUGAACACAAUCAAAAUGGGAUGCAAUUAGUGAUACCAGAUCACUUUCCCUAGUCACGUCUCGCAACGACCCGGACUUGGACAAAAUAAUUAGUCUAUCGGAUUAAAUGGGAUGCUGUUAAUCAGAAGAAUGGCUGCUAUUUGUACGACUCAAUAUAACAAAUUUGACCAAAGUACUGUAUAUGCAAAUCACUGAUACCUUUACAUAUCUUCAGGAUGGGAAAGCACAGAGUUGAAAUUUAAACCUGUCCACAUAACUAUACAUGAUUCACAGCAUGUGAUGACUAAUCGUGGUAUUUACGAAUUAUUGUGCAAUGUCUCCCCCUGUUCGUUAGUUAGGUUUUUGACAGUGGCAUCUGAAGCCCAUUAGUCGUGGAGGUUCUAGAACCUUUGCAGAGUAAUUCCAACCCUAUAUAAUAUGCAACACCAGCUCGCCACAUUAUUUUGGAAGGGACUAAACGCAGGUUGCCAUGACACCAGAAGAACAGAGCAGAGGGAGUGAGCAUGGGCUGUGGUGGCCAAAAGCCAAAUGUUUACCUGCCACAUUUAACUCAUCAAAACAUCCUAGAAGAGAGCACUUCAUCACCAGGAAAAAAAUAUUUAUAUUUCACUUAACUAAGCGUGUGGACCUAUGCCUACUCUCAUGGUAGCUGUCGCUGAAACUGACUCUGCCCUGAUUGGCCAGAUCAGGGUCAGAUGUGUUCCAGCUCACACCUCGAAAAGAAAACCACCAAGCUGACAAUCAUCUGGAACUCCAGGGAAGUGGGUGAAGUUCUCUACAGACUAUUUUUAUUUACUGACAAGACAGGACAGGACACAUCAGUAUAACAGACUAAGACUGGACAUCUCCACCCACCACUAUCUGUUUCUGUAGCUACCGUUGUUCCUUUGCCCGUCUGCUUGUGCUACUGUGAGGCAUGGCCAAAAGACACAGACGAUCUCUGCUCGGCUAAUUCAGCCCCUUUCUUAUCCCGUACUACUGUCAGGUCAAUCUGCUAGUGAUCUGACCACAUUGUGAUGAACUGUAUGUCUGUAUGUACACCAAGAACAUAUGAAGUGUAAAUAAUGUUCAGAGUUUUAUCGGACUUUUAUCAUAUUGUAAUUAUUGUUGUUGGUGAACUUAUUGCGCUUUGAGAAAAAUGCACUGUGAGGAAAUGUUUACACAUUCUACAGUAGUUUGUCCUAAUUUGUAAAUAAAUGUUGAAAGUAAAAGAUGUGAUAUAA